AUGGGAAUGGGGGGGGGUGAUUCUCAAGGGUGUUCUUUCAGGGUUGGAUCACAACAGAAUAUAUCACUACAACCGGAUUUUAUUUUUUCUCUAUUUAGGUUUUACACCGCAUGUGUAGUGCUUGGCCUGGAGGCAUUACACCAGAUCGGCAUUGUACAUAGAGAUCUAAAGCUUGAGAAUUUGCUGCUGGACCAGGAGGGAUAUCUGAAAAUCGUUGAUUUCGGCCUCAGCAAAGACAGAUUUGGAUACAGCGACCGUACGAACACCAUGUGCGGCACAAGAACCUACAUGGCCCCAGAGAUCUACAUGAAAAUAGGAUACGGCAUGGCCGCUGACUGGUGGGCCUUGGGAGUCACUGUAUACAUUAUGCUCAUGUAUGAGUUACCAUUCAACGACGAAGAUCCAAUUGAGCUAAUGAAGAGCAUCCGUUAUGAUGAAAUCGAGUUGCCAGAAGACCUAUCAGAGGAUGUCUCUAAUUUUAUAUAUCAACUCUUAGAAAAAGAUCCAGAAUAUCGGCUUGGAUCUGGCGAGGCUGGUGCUGAAAUGAUCAAAGAGCACCCCUUCUUCAGAGAUAUGGACUGGGAACAACUUUUACACCGAAAAAUAAGGCCUCCAUUUGUGCUAAACCACCAAGGCCAUCUGGAGAGCUUGAACGACCCUGAAUGCCAAGCUCCAGCACUGACACCACUUGCUGUAAGGAUUCCAUCAGAGCUGCAGGAGGCAUUCAGAGGAUUCGAUUAUACACCUGAAUAAACAUCAAAACAACAAAUAAUGGUCGGUAUGGACGGGGUAGGUGGAGGGCCAGUCCAUAUUCUCUUAAGAAGUGCCAGCUGUAUAAACCAAGCUCCAGCACUGACACCACUUGCUGGAAGGAUUCCAUCAGAGCUGCAAGAGCCAUUCAGAGAUUUGACACCUGAAUAAACAUCAAAUAAGGCGUUGAACUCCACGGCGCAAUGUCUUCUGAUCCGACGCACUGAGAGGAAACGCAGGCGACCAGUCUGAGGCUCCGAAUAUAAUGUAAGUUUUAGAAAAUCACAUCUACAAACUACAUACAACACAACUGUCGGAUGACGAUGCAGCGUUCACAUCCAACAGUUGUGUCGUUUCGGAUGCAUGUA